AACACUACUAUAUAACAAAUAAUUUGAGGACCCAUGAACGAAAACACCCUGAAGUUCGAUUUCCCCACCACGCAGUACUGGACCACUUCGUCCUCAUGGUACAACUCAACCUCCUCCUUCACCACCAGACUCACCACGGAGCCAGAAGGCGACCUCAAAGUGGAGGGAGCAUCCGUCGGCAUGCAGGAGUCAACUCCGGAUAUGAUCAGAACAUCAGCCGUGACGACCCCUUUCAGUGAGGGUACAAUGGGUACCGAAACUAAUGAUACCGACUCAUUUGUUGUUCCACCGAGUAUCAAGAAUGGUAUGGAACUAUCCAAGAUAAUGUACGGGCCCUUCUGUGCAAUUCUCUUGGUAACAACAGCCAUCCUGCUUUACUUAAUAUUAAGACACUUCAGACACUUGAUAAGGUUGUAUCUGUCUCUGAUCUUCUACUCAGCGAGCCAACUAUUCCUGUUCGUUGUCCUGACAACCUCGGCAGUACUGCAGGCUAUAGUUCCACUGGAGGGUUACUGUGAUGCUGUGAACACUGUGGAGUAUGUAGCUGUGAUCCUGCCCGGGUAUGGUAUACUCCUGGUUUCAAUAGCGAGGUGGCUGUGUGUAGCCUACCCGACCAAGUACAAGAAGCUCCUGAAUCUCAGAGUGCAGGUGACAGGGAUUGUGGUGUUGGUGUGUCUCAUCACCCUGGUGACAUGUCUACCUUUACUGGGUCUGUGUUCUAAUGUGUGGAUUGAACAUGAUAAUCUCUCUAAUGGGGGAUUGUGUCAUCUGCAGACAGAGGGAUGCAAGUGUACCGCAUUCAGGUGGAUCCUUGUCUCAGUAGGAUUCAUUUUACCAUUUGCUGGGGUACUUAUUGUGUACGGGCUCAUCGUCAACCUCCUCAUAAACCACAAGAAGAAGGAAAAGUCUCUGGGAAAAUGCAAAGGGUCGAUGAAGUGUGGGAAGGUGGAUUACGAUUACAAACCAGUCACACUCGGAGAGAAACUGUCACAGCUAAAGGCGAUAGGACAAGACGCAAUCCCCUGGUCCAUACUAAUGAUCCUGGUUCUGAACACACUCACCACCCUCACCUGGAUCCCUCAGAUCUUCGCUCCGGAGCUCUACCUCAAAAAGCCCAUCUCACAGUACCUGGCCCUGGAUCUGAUGUACGUGGCGAUGUUGGCGGCAAUUAGUUUCUCUCCUGCAACUUACUUCCUGACUACUCCAGCUAUGAGGGCUGAGUUUGUGAGAAUGUUCUCGAAGAGAGGUGGACACAAGAAGUUCUCUAUUAUGAGCAAGAACACUGAGUCUACUGUUGAGGUGUGAACAUGUGUGAGAAAGUAACUUAUUUAAGUUAACUUUACUGGAAACAUCUUCAAAUCGGAGCUUGAGAUUCCGUAGACAUGCGAGAACGUGAAAAAGAGAUCGUCAGAUUCGUUAAAGGAACAAGAAAAACUCAGAGACAAUAAACACUCACAACCAAAUUCAAGAAGCCCCAAGUGCGGUUAAAGGACGCUGUCCAGAGAGCAGUUUGUUAUAUUUCUUGUAAAUUUAAAUCCUGACAAUUAUGCUAAAAUUGUGCUAAAUCCUGACAAUUAUGCUAAUUUUGAUGUGUGACUUUGUUUACAAGAAAUGACUUCUUUGCUAAUUUAUGAAUAAAUUCUUGUUACAAUAUCGAUAGCACCCUGAAGAUCAUGAAUGUCAUAUUACAAAUAUUCAUACCAAGUAGCAGAUGAAUAUUUUCCAUGAAAUCCUCCGAAUAUGACACUUAAAUUACGUUAGGUACUAAAGAGUUGAGGAGAUAUUUGCCAGCUAUAUGCACUUUAGCACUCCGAUAUAUAUCGAGUUGCAGGUCAUGAUAUAGUUUGCAGAGCUGAGUAGUUGUCCUACAGUACAGCAGCUGUGUCAAUAUGUUUUAUAGAUCUGUACAUUAGUCCGGUACAGAGCAUUGUGCUGUGUUACAUUCUAUGGUUAGAAGUUUUAUUUCAAAUUGUAUUACAAAAGUUACUUAUAUUGUAUUUCUAAU